AUGAAAGCCUCUGAGACUCUGAGACUUGCAUUUGGUCUACAAAGAAAGCUAUCCAUUAGCAAAGUCAAACUUAAAGACCAGGCUAUGAUAUCAGAUGGUUUUCUUCUUGUCAAACUUCCAAGACCUAAUAUGGAAGAUAAUAAGCAAGAUCCAGAUUACUGUAAUGUUCUAUUCCUCAAUGAUGAGAGAUGGAAUGAGAAUAAUGAACAUGAAUCCCCCUUUCAGUAUCAUGAACCUAGGGUGUUCCAGGAUCUCACACAUUCCAACAUCUCUAAGUUUCAGGUGUCUGAGUUCAUCCUGACGGGAUUCCCAGAUCUUCACACCUGGCAGCACUGGCUCUCCCUGCCCCUGGCUCUGCUCUACCUCUUAGCACUCAUUGCCAACAUCCUUAUCCUGAUCACUAUCAAACAAGAGGCCACACUGCACCAGCCCAUGUACUAUUUCCUGGGGAUCCUGGCUAUGGUAGACAUGGGAUUGGCUACCACCAUCAUGUCCACGAUUUUGGCCAUCUUAUAGUUUAGUGCUAAGGCCAUCAGUCUCCCUGAGUGCUUUGCUCAGAUGUCUGUCAUACACUGUUUUGUGGGCAUGGAGUCAGGUAUCUUUGUCUGCAUGGCUAUAGAUAGAUACAUAGCCAUUUGUAGACCACUACGCUAUCUUACUGAUUCUUUUGUGGUCAAGCUAACUGUGUUCAUGGCACUCAGAACCAGCCUAGCUACCAUCCCAGUACCUGUGUUGGCUGCUCAGAGACACUACUGCUCACAGAGCCAAAUUGAGCACUGCCUGUGCUCUAAUCUUGGAGUCACUCUCCUGUCCUGUGAUGACAGGACAAUCAACAGCAUCUACCAGGUACUUCUGGCCUGGACACUGAUGGGGAGUGACCUGGAUUUGAUUUUCUUAUCAUAUUCUUUGAUACUUCACUCGGUGCUGAAGCUGAACUCAGCAGAAGCUGCAUCCAAAGCCCUAAGUACCUGCACUUCUCACCUCAUCCUGACUUCAGUCAUCAUAGUCAUUUCUCUCACUCAUAGUGCAGCAAUGACUAUUCCCCUCAUCCCCGUUCUACUCAAUGUACUACACAAUGUCAUUCCUCCUGCCCUCAACCCCAUGGUGUAUGCACUCAAGAACAAGGAGCUCAGGCAGGGCUUGUAUAAGGCGCUUAAACUGAACAUCAAGGGCAACUAA